ACAAUGACAUGCAGAUCGUCGGGUUCAAAGUUCGAGCCCUAGAGGAGAAACUGGACAAACUUAUGAAAGACAUGGAUGGGAGCAACGAAACUAAAUAUGGCUCUGGACGCAACGCCGUGGCGUUCACUGCACGCCUUUCAACCAACCGCACGUUUCGAUCUCAUCAGACAAUACUUUUUGAUGACGUCAUGACCAACGUGGGUAACGCUUAUGACGUCACUUCCGGAACGUUCAAGGCUCCUUGCGCCGGAAGGUUUCUGUUUUCGGUAACCGUGCGCGCGCAGUAUCACAAGCAGGCUUGCGCUGAGAUCGUAGCUGAACCCGAGGUGAUAGGCGUGGUCGCAGCAGGCGACACCGAAAUCGAGCGCGCAUCAUCGUCGCUGACAGUUGUGACGUCAUUAAGCCAGGGUGACGUAGUGCACGUGCGUGAGAUGAAAAUGUUUAAGGGCGACUUCUACGGCGAUGGGUUCACCGUCUUCACCGGCGUUCUGCUGCAGUGAUAAAGACUUACCAUGUUCACGAACCUGUUAUUAGACUUCUUAGAAUCAAUUUAUAAUAGACCUUUACCCAAUAAAACACUAUCAGUGUUUUAUUGUGAAUGCUUACUUGCAAUGCUGCAUAUUACAAU